CGCACAUGUGUCAUUUGUUCACUGUCAUUUGAGUUCUGUCAGUUUUUGAUUAAUCGCAGUUGAGUUCAUAACAAAAAAUUCUCAAAAAUAAAUUCAUGAAGUGAAUAAAAAUGUAAUAGUAUAAUAGAAGCUUGUCUUGAUGGAUGUUCAUUCUGUUAAGCAGAUGUGUCCGGUUCCAUGGCUAUUUUUGAAAAACAAUCCUCGAACAAGAUUUUAUUGGAUGACACAGAGGCAAUAAAAUGCACUAUUGAAAAUUGGGUAGCAGUAAAUGGGCAUACAGAAUUUACGAUAAAGGUAUACAGAGGCCCAUAUUCUAAUAAAACCUGGAAAGUAAAUAGAAGAUACAAUGACUUCUAUAAAUUGCACAAUGUUCUUCUUACAUCAGGGAUUCCCCUGGAACUGCCCCCUAAAAAACUUAUUGGUAACAUGGACCCUCACUUUAUCAGUGAAAGACAGCAAGGAUUACAGGUAAUAAGGAAUGUUUAUUGGAAUUAUUGGUUUGCUAAUUUUACAUUUUCUAAAAGGUCUUUCUGCAGUGAUAGAGAACCUAACCAAUUUUCAGAGGUCGCGCUUCAACAUGUCUCCCUUGCCCUUCGAGGAGAGCAAGGAUGGGAAGUUGUGGGGCCAGUUCCAGACAUUGGAUGGCGGCUUCGUAAGCACUACUUCCAGUUGCGAUGCAAGUCGAUGCCAAAAGAAGAGAUUCUGGGGGCAUGGACCGAUUUCGGUCCUGACAGGUACCUGGACGACAGGGAUAUGGGAGCGUCGCUUAAGAGUAUAGGACAGUUGCAACACCCGUACAUACAUUCCACAGACUUGACCCUUUGUACAGAUACAGGAGCUCUGGUGGCUAGAGUGUACAACAAAGAGGGCAGUUUAAGAGACUACCUAUGCACAGCUAAGCCAAAACAGUCAUUUUUAAAGAAGUAUGGCAAUCCAAAAGUUGGGCACAGAUGUCUAUCUGCCGAACAAGUCGCUUUGUAUGGCAGACAGAUUUUGGAGGCGCUGAAGUUUUUGCACGAUAAAGGAUUUCCAUAUGGUCAUCUUAGUACAGGAAAUAUCUUAAUUGAUAAUGAUCGGAUAAAACUGCUAGACAUAGAAAACGGUAUCCUGGGCGUACCUUCGUUCUAUAGGCCGUACUUUAUCCAACAUAAAAAGAUAAACACUAUGCAGGCUGUAGAUGUUUAUUGUUUUGGACAUGUGCUAUAUGAAAUGACGUUUGGUGUGCCAUUGCGGGAGAGUGUUGUCGAGGAUAUUCAGGAGUGCCCAAUAAGUAAGAAUCAAAAUGUAUUAGAAAGGAUACUGUCCCCGGAAGCAUGUCGAAACGGGCUUCCCACUGUCGCUGAGCUUCUUUCCGAUCCUCUGUUCGCUCUGACUGUCCUCAAAUUGUAUCCAGGCGAGAAGGCUCACUUUAAGCUAUCUACACAGCUGAAGGACCAUCUACGUACGGCGAUCGAGAAAAUGGAGGCGAGACUGCGCGAAGAACAACGGCUGGUCCGUGGUCAGAAGCGACUCGCUAGACUGCAGGAAAUGAUGAGCGUAGAAGAAGAGGAAAAAAGAAAACAUAAUAAGAAACAGGAACGCAGAGAGCAAAAACUACACAAUCAAAAGCAAAAAUCCUCAAUGGAGAAGGUGAAUAGCAUCAGUGGAGAUAGAUCUGACAGCGUGAAUAGCAGUACGACUCCUUCUGUGGGGACUUCUACUCCCCCAUCUGCUAGCGGUAAAUAUGGGUCGAACAUCCCAUCUCCACCCCCUCCUCCGCCGCCUAUGGACGGUAUCCCUCCACCACCCCCUCCCCCCAUGGGGGCAGCCCCCGAGGUGACUUCACCGCCCCCGACCGCUGAAACAGACGAAAAGCGAACUGCACUACUUAACGACAUCUGUGGAUUCAACAAAACACAUUUGCGGAAAAUCAAACCUGGAUGCGGAGUCAAAACCAAGUCACGAAAGACCAAAGUUUCCUAAGCAAAAUUUAUGUGUAUUUUUAACCUUUUUAUAUUGGAGAAUUCUGUUAAUGAUGCACUCAAAAUUAUCUAUGGCGUUAGUUACCCAAUAGUUCCUUAGGUAAUGUUAGUGAAGCAAAUAAGAUAAAACAUUCUGAAUAAUCUGAAAUAUUUUGGGUUUUACUUUUUCCAGAAGAAUGCUACAUACUACUACCACUUCUUUUUUCAGAUAAAAAUAACCCUACAUGCAUAUAACUAUGUCCACAAAAGUCAAGCUUGUAGAAUUGGAAAUUUAUGAACUAGUGAAAAUAAAUAUGUUUUGUUGAUUUGUAUGAACUCUAAUAGUCUAUCACUGUUCAGUAAAUGGAGGAAUAUUGUCAAAACCACAUUUCUUUGUUCAGAAUUCCAACACUGAUGCUUCUCUUAUGUGGAAAUUUAUUGUUUUUCUUAAAAAUUACAAAUUUGGUGCAUAACUACUUAAUUGAAACUUGGAUGUUACAAGUUUACUUAUCAGAACCAACCUUUGGUGAGUCCAUUUGAGAUCUUUUCAAAAACAUGUGUAUUAAUGUUCAGAAUCUCUUUCAAGUCACAUUGACAUAAAUAUAUGACAAGAUAUUCAUUAUCAGAAUUCUACCAUCAAAAUGCUUUAUAUGUUCUAUAUGUGUAUAUAUUAUGGUAAAGUAAAUGUGCCCAAAAUAUAUGAUAUAUAUAUUUUAUUAUUGUUUUUGAUGCUGACAGCUCAGUUUUAUGUAAUGUAUAACUAUGAAAUGUAUGUUGAAAAUAUAAAAUGAGGCAUA